UAACUAGGCACAUGACACGUCGAGCCACGUCACUGUGCGGAGAUUCUAUAUAUACAGUAGCCGUCGCCGUUUGCCGCAGUAGUAUUCAGCGAACGAGAAGUGAAGCUGCAGUAUCUGUCUAUAUCUCAAGAAGUCGUCAAAAAGUAUUUCGUCGGAAGAUUAAAAAAUGCAGAUUUUUGUGAAGACUCUGACUGGCAAGACCAUCACCCUCGAGGUUGAGCCGAGUGACACCAUUGAGAACGUCAAGGCCAAAAUCCAGGACAAAGAAGGCAUUCCCCCAGACCAGCAGAGGCUGAUCUUUGCUGGCAAGCAGCUGGAAGAUGGCCGCACCCUGUCCGACUACAACAUCCAAAAGGAGUCCACUCUCCACCUGGUGCUGCGUCUGAGGGGUGGCAUGCAAAUCUUUGUGAAGACCCUGACUGGCAAGACCAUCACCCUCGAGGUUGAGCCAAGUGACACCAUUGAGAACGUCAAGGCCAAAAUCCAGGACAAAGAAGGCAUUCCCCCAGACCAGCAGAGGCUGAUCUUUGCUGGCAAGCAGCUGGAAGAUGGCCGCACCCUGUCCGACUACAACAUCCAGAAGGAGUCCACCCUCCACCUGGUGCUGCGUCUGAGGGGUGGCAUGCAAAUCUUUGUGAAGACCCUGACUGGGAAGACCAUCACCCUCGAGGUUGAGCCAAGUGACACCAUUGAGAACGUCAAGGCCAAAAUCCAGGACAAAGAAGGCAUUCCCCCAGACCAGCAGAGGCUGAUCUUUGCUGGCAAGCAGCUGGAAGAUGGCCGCACCCUGUCCGACUACAACAUCCAGAAGGAGUCCACUCUCCACCUUGUGCUCCGCCUCAGGGGUGGCAUGCAAAUCUUUGUGAAGACCCUGACUGGCAAGACCAUCACCCUCGAGGUUGAGCCAAGUGACACCAUUGAGAACGUCAAGGCCAAAAUCCAGGACAAAGAAGGCAUUCCCCCAGACCAGCAGAGGCUGAUCUUUGCUGGCAAGCAGCUGGAAGAUGGCCGCACCCUGUCCGACUACAACAUCCAGAAGGAGUCCACUCUCCACCUGGUGCUGCGUCUGAGGGGUGGCAUGCAAAUCUUUGUGAAGACCCUGACUGGCAAGACCAUCACCCUCGAGGUUGAGCCAAGUGACACCAUUGAGAACGUCAAGGCCAAAAUCCAGGACAAAGAAGGCAUUCCCCCAGACCAGCAGAGGCUGAUCUUUGCUGGCAAGCAGCUGGAAGAUGGCCGCACCCUGUCCGACUACAACAUCCAGAAGGAGUCCACUCUCCACCUUGUGCUCCGCCUCAGGGGUGGCAUGCAAAUCUUUGUGAAGACUUUGACUGGCAAGACCAUCACCCUCGAGGUUGAGCCAAGUGACACCAUUGAGAACGUCAAGGCCAAAAUCCAGGAUAAAGAAGGCAUUCCCCCAGACCAGCAGAGGCUGAUCUUUGCUGGCAAGCAGCUGGAAGAUGGCCGCACCCUGUCCGACUACAACAUCCAGAAGGAGUCCACUCUCCACCUGGUGCUGCGUCUGAGGGGUGGCAUGCAAAUCUUUGUGAAGACCCUGACUGGCAAGACCAUCACCCUCGAGGUUGAGCCAAGUGACACCAUUGAGAACGUCAAGGCCAAAAUCCAGGACAAAGAAGGCAUUCCCCCAGACCAGCAGAGGCUGAUCUUUGCUGGCAAGCAGCUGGAAGAUGGCCGCACCCUGUCCGACUACAACAUCCAGAAGGAGUCCACUCUCCACCUUGUGCUCCGCCUCAGGGGUGGCAUGCAAAUCUUUGUGAAGACCCUGACUGGCAAGACCAUCACCCUCGAGGUUGAGCCAAGUGACACCAUUGAGAACGUCAAGGCCAAAAUCCAGGACAAAGAAGGCAUUCCCCCAGACCAGCAGAGGCUGAUCUUUGCUGGCAAGCAGCUGGAAGAUGGCCGCACCCUGUCCGACUACAACAUCCAGAAGGAGUCCACUCUCCACCUUGUGCUCCGCCUCAGGGGUGGCAUGCAAAUCUUUGUGAAGACCCUGACUGGCAAGACCAUCACCCUCGAGGUUGAGCCAAGUGACACCAUUGAGAACGUCAAGGCCAAAAUCCAGGACAAAGAAGGCAUUCCCCCAGACCAGCAGAGGCUGAUCUUUGCUGGCAAGCAGCUGGAAGAUGGCCGCACCCUGUCCGACUACAACAUCCAGAAGGAGUCCACUCUCCACCUUGUGCUCCGCCUCAGGGGUGGACAGUAAAUAUCUUAAAUGUCUUGUCUUAAAUGCUUCAAGUUAUCCCUCUUACAAAGUGUUUACUUCACCUGCACUUUUUUUUUAUUUUAUUUUUGAAAGUUAUCAAUCAUAUUCCCACUUGUGUUGAAAUGUAACAGAAUAAUAAAGCAUUGAAUAAGUUAA